AUGCAUACCGAGGACCAGAACGGCCUGCCAUCCUCGCCGCGCCCAGCCGACCUUGACAGCGGCGACGAGGCCAACCAGGGCCACAGCGGGGAUGACAGGAGUGACAAUGAUGCCGAUGACCCUUUGGAGACUGCCCGCACUGGCAAGCGUAAACGUCCCAUCUCCGUCUCCCUUUUCAUCUCGUACCACUCUCCACCUCUAUUGCAUUCACUUAUCAUGGCCCCAUCUUCUCCUACCGCGGACGCCGAUCAGUCCUCUACAGACGAGAGCCCCGGGCCUGCCCAGCUCCCGUCUCUGACUGCAUCGCAAGACAAGAAGCCCGAUGCUGACGAGACUAUUAUUCCCAGGUGCGAGCUGUGUAAGCAGAGAAAGGUCAAGUGCGACCGAGGUCAGCCAUCGUGCGGCUGGUGCAGUCGCAAUGGCGCUCUGUGCGAGUACAAGGAACGCAAAAAGCCUGGUCUGCGCGCUGGCUACGGCCGGGAGUUAGAGCAGCGCCUCGACAAGCUCGAGGCCAUCUUGAGAGCUCACUCCGAAAUACUUCAGAGCACCCUUGAGGCCACCCAGAGCGGGCCGUCCACUUUCUCCCAUCCGACCCUCGCCACCGCCAGCAGCGUCCGCGGGAGUAAUACAAGCUUGCCGAGCGACCAUGGCACGCCGCGGGAGGUCCCUCCGUCCAUGUUUCCCCGUGCCGCUGACCCCAUCCGUACGCCCCAGGCCGAGACGGCCCUCUUUCUGCAGAAGCCCUCCACCUAUCCCCAGUCGACGCAGCCCAUGGACUUUGGCAUGCCGCCACCAACUCCGUCCAUCCACGAGGGCUUCCCCUCACAGAUGCCCAUGUCCGGCAUCUCACCGACGUCGCACGGUGGCCACCACGGCCCAGUGCCGAGCGCUGCGGCCCAGGAGUACUACGGCUCCGGCCCGAACCAGACGCAACCCCUACAGUCGCCCACGGUCAACAUGUCUCCCGGACAGUCGCAGAUAUCGUCUGACCAGGACCUGCCGCCCUAUGACCUGCUCUACGCCUUAGUAGACCUGUACUUCAAGCACAUCAACACCUGGUGUCCCAUACUCCACCGCAAGGCGACGCUCGACUCACUCUUUGGACCCUCGGUCAUCGACGAGACCGACAAGAUUCUGUUGCACGCCAUAGUGGCAACGACCCUCCGAUAUUCCACCGACGCUAGGCUGACCGACGAGCGGCGGCGGCACUACCACGACGUCUCCAAGCAGCGAGUCCUGCUCUACGGCAUGGAAAACUCGUCGGUCAAGGCACUUCAGGCCCUCGUCAUCCUCGCUCUAGACCUCUGUGGGAGCAGCAAUGGCCCACCUGGGUGGAACAUCAUGGCCCUCAUCACCCGGUCGGUCGUCCAGCUAGGUCUCGCCGUGGAGAGUAACUCCUUUUCCGUGUCACCAAACUUCACCUCCAUCUACACCCUGCGGGCCAUGAUCCUACCGGAACCCCGGGACUUCGUCGAGGACGAGGCUCGGCGGCGCCUGUUCUGGAUGAUCUACCUGCUUGACCGCUACGCCACCAUCGCCACCGCUUUUGAGUUUGCCCUCGACGACAAGGAGAUCGACCGCACUCUGCCCUGCCGGGACGACCUAUGGAUCAAGAACCAAAAGGUCGAGACGCGCUGGUUCCGCAUCGAGGACCGCUCCAACGAGUCGAGCCCCGAGUAUGAGAUGAAUCGACCCGAGAACCUCGGCGCCUUUAGCUAUUACAUCGAGAUCCUUGGCAUCCUCACCAAGAUCCACAAGUUCCUGAAGCAGCCCGUUGACAUUUCUGCGCUCAGUGACGUCGAGCAAUGGCAGAUGCGGUACAAGGCGCUCGACAACAUGCUCACGUCGUGGAAGUUUGGCCUGCCUGGCGAAUACGGCAACAUGGCCAAGCUCUUCCAGCCGGGGUCGGCCAAGUCGCUCAACUGCGGCUGGGUCAUGCUGCACGCCACCUACCACACGGCCGUGAUUCGCCUGCAUUCGUCAGCCGCUUAUCCGACGACCCGCUCGCCCAUCUUCACGCCCAGCUACUCGGCCAGCCAGAGGUGCCACGGCGCCGUCGAGAACAUUGCCGCGCUUGGGGAGUUCGUCCUAGCCAACAACCUGCUGACCAAGCUGGGCCCACCCUUUGCCUUUACACUCUGGGUAGCCGCGAGGCUGCUCCUGGUCCACGGCUCCACGGUAGAGCACAAGCUCAGCCCGCAAAUCGCCUUCUUUGUCGAUACGCUGCGCGAGAUGGGCCGCCACUGGCCGGUGGCCGCCCGGUACUGCGAGCUGCUGCAGAGGGUACUCGACGAGCACCGCGACAGCGAGCGGCAGGGCGACGGGGUGACGCCCAGCAGCGUCAAGAUCCUGUCCGACAUGCGCAGGACAGCCUUUGAUCUCGACUUCCUAAUCAGUCGGCAGCCGCGGCACAUGGCGCCCGGCUUCGGCGCGCCCGGCCAGGCCGGUGGCCCUGGCCAGCCGGGCAACGGGGGGCCCUACAGCAGGUAUCCGAGCGUGACGCCGGCGAGGACGCCGCAGCCCAACGACCUCGAGUAUCUCGACGUCUUUGACUUCUUCAACGUGCCGCGGCUGCCCUUUGGCGCGCCGGGCGAGGCGGGCAUGGCCACGAACGGCGGCGGCGGCUCAUCUGCCAUGCAGGGAGCCAACGGCACCAUGGCUGCCCCCGGGGCUGACGGUAGCCAGGAACCCAUGGUGACCAACGAGUUCAACAUCACCGACUUUAUGGUGGAUGCCAACCGAGACUGGCUGUUCAAGCAGGAAGGGAGCAAGCAGUUUCUGUCUUGA